AUGAGCAACUCCAAGAAAGUCAGGGGGCUGAGGACCAGUGGCAUCAGACCUUCCUCAAAAGACUCUGGGCUCCAGCCAACUUUUGAACUUCAUAGCUUCCCAGUUUUCAGUGUCUCCAGUUCCCAGUCUGAGGAGCCUACGUAUGAUGAGAUGACAGAGGUGAAAGCUGAAAUUGUUUUCAGUCUCUCUAGUUCCCAGUGUGAGGAGCUUAUCUAUGAUGAAGUGACAGAUGUGAAAGGUGAAAUUGGGUGUGUGAGACAUGGUGUGAUUCGCCUGGUGCUGCAGCUGCUUUUCUUCAUUCUCUUCUCUGGGGUCCUUGUGGCAUUUCUUCUCCAAGUUCCAAAGUUUCCCUGCACCCAGGAUCAAGAGGAGAUCUACAAGAAACUCAUGCAACUGAAGACUAGAAUAGACCUCCUGUGCCGCCCCUGCUCCUGGGACUGGAUGCUUUUCCAUGGAAAUUGUUACUUUUUCUCCAUAACUAAACGCAACUGGAGUGAUUCUCUCAUUGCUUGCAAGGAAGUAGGGGCUCAACUAAUCAUCAUUGAAAGUGAUGAGGAGCAGGCUUUUCUACAGAAGAUGUAUAUGAGUAAAGGCCAUCUCUGGAUUGGACUCUCAGACAUAAAACAGGAAGGCUCAUGGCAGUGGGUAGAUGGUUCACCUCUGUCACCAAGCUUUAAAAACAAAUAUUGGACCUCAUGGGAAAACAGAGAUGCUUCAGAGAAAGACUGUGUAGAACUGACAUAUGAUGGCUGGAAUGACACCAACUGUUCUCUGAAGAAAUUCUGGAUCUGUAAGAAGUCAUCAGUAUCCUGCACCAACAACUGA